UCGAUGGAAAAAACCACCAACCAAUUGACUGUUAAUUAGUGAAAGUCAAUCAGUAGUUAAUUAAAGAAUUAAAAAUGAAAGUUAUCGCCGUUGUACUUUUAAUUGUCUCUUCAAGUUUCGCCCUUAUAAUUAAAGGUCCAGGUUGUCCGAGUCCAUACCCACCUAAAAAAGGAUUUAAGGUUAACAAGUAUCUUGGUAAUUGGUAUGAAAUUGAACGAUCACAAACUCCCCACGAAGAUGGAGUAAGAUGUAACACUGCUAAUUAUGUUCUUAAUUCAGUUGGUGGAAUCAACAUUACCAAUUCUGGAAUCGAUAAUACUGGACAUGAAACAGCAACAACUUUAAUCGCUACUCAAAUUCUGCCAAAUAUUCCUAAUUACUUUGCCGUUUUUCUAGAUCCUCAAUUACCUCCAGCAUCUUAUUGGAUUGUCGAUACUGAUUAUGAAAACUAUGCUGCUGUCGCUUGUUGUUAUCAAAUUUCUCAAUAUGUUCAAGUUUUCCUUGGAUAUGUUUUAUCUCGAGAGCGAACCAUUGAUUCCAGUGUAAGAAGUGCAUUGGAAAAAACUUUAUACGACAUUGGAGUUAAUCAAAUGUAUGAAACUGAUCAAACUAAUUGUGAUUCCAUGUAAUUAACAAUCUGAAAUAAUAAUAUUCUGAAUAAAAUUAAUAACUAUCAA